AUGUCCGAUUACUUUACGCUUAAUGAUCCCCUAAACUUGAUCUUACGUCCAGAUUCGGACGAAAAUCAGGAGAAUUGUAAUGAUUCGCUGGCAAAUCCUUCGGUACCAAGCAAAGAACCUUGUCAAACGUGUCAUAGUAAUGAAUGGAAAUACAAAUGUCCAAAAUGCGAAUUUCUAUCAUGUUCUUUAAUAUGCACGAAAUCACACAAGGAAAAAUACAACUGCGAUGGAAUUAGAUCAAAAAUUAGUUACAUACCGCAGGAUAAGUAUGGCUAUCGAGAGUUGAUGAGCGGUCAGUGUCAAUUGAAAAUUUUUAGGCUACUAGUCCUAUAUUUCAGUAAAAUAACUUCUGUUUUGUUAGAUUAUGUGUGGCUUGAAGACAUCUCACGUGUAAUCGACUCCGCUCAUCGAACUAGAAUUGAUCAAAAGCAUGUGACACUUAAAUUCAAGAAAAGGUAUAGCAAAAAAUCACAAAAGAGGUGGUCAAAAUUACAUAAGAAACAGUCGACGAUAAAUGAUUAA